AUGGAAGGAACGCAUACUAUCCUUCACUUGCACAAACCCAUUAUGGAGCUUUGUUACGUCAGCUUCUAUCUUCCAGAGGGAAAAGUCAGAGGAUUUACUUACAGAGGCUGUGUAACUCUGGAUAAAACCAGUAAACGUUUCUGUAGCUGCUAUCAAGUAAGGGAGAGGUUACAGAUAGAGCUGGGAGAACAGCCAUAUGAAAACUUUGGAGAUAUUAUUUUCAAGCAAACUACAACGAAAGACAUUCUCAUUGAGCUGUACAAGCUCACUACUGAAAAGGAAAAAUUGUUAUCCUGUCUGUCGAGAUCACAUCAUGUUCUGGACCUUAACACAGGACAUCAGGAGAGAAAGCAUCAAGAUGUUUCUGGAGCCCCAAAACUUAAAGGUCAAGAUUACUCUGGUUUUACACAUCAGCAGUUCUCUCUGGAUUCCACAAAUAGAGACAGUUUGAAUCACAAAAAAAUGAGAAAAUAUAGAAGGAAAGAGAGCUCUGAGGAGUUCAAACAUCGGAAAGGGCGAAAAAAGAUACCUGAACAACAUCUUUCUGUACUGAGUGUGCAAGACUUGCAACUGAAAAAGAAGACCAUGCUCCCCACAAGAUUUCCUAGCAGGAAUUUUCCCAGUUCCUUUUCUGCCUCUAGUUGGCUAACAGUAAAAGGUAAGGAUGAUUUACCAGUAGACAAUAGUAUACGGCCAAAGAAGUGGAUAGAAGGGGGUUAUUUUCUUCAGAGCAACAAAGCUGUGAAAUGGGGUGCUGACUUACCGAGUUCUAGCUCAAAAGACAACACUGACAUGGUCACAGUUGAACUAGCGGAUAAUGGAGAAUGCAUUCCUGAAGUUAUGAAGGUACAACAGAGUAUCACUUUGGUAAAAUCAUCUCAGCACAGUCUGUCUAACAAACUUGAGACACUAAAUAAAUCUGCAGCUGCUAAAAGCUUUCAAACUAGCAAGUAUACUGAGCCAGUAUGCAAGGAGAAACCAGGAGUCUCAGUUGUUGCUGAAGUACAGGAUUUAGAAGCUUCUAUUAGGAAAGUUGCCAAACCCCCUGCAGAGUCUUUACCUGAGUUUUACAGAGAUAUAGAAACGAUUUCUCCUGUUCUCACAGCAGAUGUAUACUCUUUAGAUGAAGCUAAUGGAGACUCUAAAACUGUGCUGCAGGAAAAGGAGCAAGACAGCUCUGGUUUGCAGUACAAAGCGGAGGGAGUGCACAUUACUGAUGAGUCAUGCAACCUUGUGGGAGCAGUUAAUAAAGCUCUUCUGAAAGUUAUACGGAGUGACAGUUUAGAUGAAGCUGCAGAAUGGAAGAGACUGCAACAAAUUACGAGAAUAGACAGAAACCUGCCAGGCUCAAUAUUUGAGAAAAGAACCACAGUAUUGCAGGGAAGCAGCAAGCAUUUAUUUUUAAACCUGCCUGUAAAUGAAAGUCCUGAUACUUCUCAGGCAAGUAAUAAUCUUAAACUGGAAGAGAAGAGGCUGCAUUCACCCUCGUUAGUAGCAGUGAGUAAUGUUUUUAGUAAUUCAUACCCGCUAUCUAAUACACACAAACAAAUGUCACCUAUUCCUUCUCCGUUAUCUUCGAGACUGCCUAGCCCGCAGCUGCAUCAUCGGAUUCUCCCAUUACCAGCACAGAGUACCGAGGACGAAUCUAUGUUCAGUGACUAUGGCAGUGGGAGGCAUGGAGUUAUAAACCUUGCUUUCAGUGAUCUGGAGUCACCGUUUUAUCUGAAGUUUUCUGAACCUGGAGAAUUGGGAUCUGCCACCAGACCACCAGGCCUACAUCAGAGUGCAACUGCAGGGCAUUUUGAAAAGCGCGCUGUACAAGAAAAACUGACUUCUCAGACACAGCAGAAUUUCUGUCCAGGUCAGUCUUGUUUUGAAACUAAGGUAAAUGACCAACCUUGA